GCCGCCUCCGCUGCCGCUGGAGGGGGAAGAUGGCGGAAGGCGGAGCGGUGGAGCUGGACAUCCAGCGUUCUGACAUCGCGACGCUGCUCAAGAUCUCGCUCCGGAAAGGGGAUACCUGGUACCUAGUUGAUAGUCGCUUGUUCAAACAGUGGAAAAAAUAUGUUGGCUUUGACAAUUGGGACAAGUACCAGAUGGGAGAUCAAAAUGUAUAUCCUGGACCGAUUGAUAACUCUGGACUUCUCAAAGAUGGUGAUACCCAGUCACUUAAGGAACAUCUUAUUGAUGAAUUGGAUUACAUAUUAUUACCAACCGAGGGCUGGAACAAGCUUGUCAGCUGGUACACAUUGAUGGACGGUCAAGAACCAAUAGCACGAAAGGUGGUUGAACAGGGUAUGUUUGUAAAGCACUGCAAAGUAGAAGUAUAUCUCACAGAACUGAAGCUUUGUGAAUAUGGCAACAUGAAUAAUGUUGUAACUAGAAGAUUUAGCAAAGCUGACACAAUAGAUACAAUUGAAAAGGAAAUGAGAAACACCUUCAUUAUUCCAGAUGAAAAGGAGACCAGAUUGUGGAACAAAUACAUGAGUAAUACAUUUGAGCCACUGAAUAAACCAGACAGCACUAUUCAGGAUGCUGGUUUAUACCAAGGACAGGUGUUAGUGAUAGAACAGAAAAAUGAAGAUGGAACUUGGCCAAGGGGUCCUUCUACUCCUAAGCUUCCACCACACAUAAAGAAUGAUGAUGGCAGCUCUGGUGACCUGAAAAGUGCUGACCACCUACUUAGCCUCUCAGAUAAGAACUUUAGAGAAGAAAUAUGGAGUACCCUCAUGGAACCAAAGAAAGCAUGGAAAGAACUAAACGAACCAUAA